AUGACAAUGGCAACUCUAGCCAGCUCCCCGCCGUCAUCUCCGUCCUGGUCGAAACGCCGGCCGCGGGCCUGGGCUCUCCGAUGCGAGCGCUACUGCUGUGCGGCAGCCUCGUUUUUCCCACUGGCAUUUGUCUACGGUCUCACAACGUGGGCGGUCUACGUUGAGGCUAGUAUCGGCUUGAAGCCGUCACAGAACCCAUGGAUCGGUCUGCCGAGUUCGAUUAUCGGCGUGAUCCUCUACAUCUGUUUAAAUGCCUCAUAUACUGUUGCCGUCUUUACCGACCCCGGAUCGCCGUCCGGAUCCCGAAAUGGUCGCCACGAAUAUAGCGCUCUCCCGAUCACCGAACUCCCCGAGUAUACGGCCUACACGGUGAAUUCGACGGGCGGGUCUCGGUUCUGCAAGAAGUGCCAGUCUCCCAAGCCGGACCGGACCCAUCACUGCUCCACCUGCAAACGAUGCGUUCUGAAGAUGGACCACCAUUGUCCGUGGUUGGCCACAUGCGUUGGACUCUACAAUUAUAAAGCGUUUCUCCUGUUUUUGAUCUACACGUCGAUCUUCUGCUGGGUGGAUUUCCUCGUGGCUUCUCUGUGGAUCUGGACGGAGGUGUUCAGUAAUACCCAGUAUAUGGAUACCUUCUUGCCGGUGAAUGUCAUUUUGCUGGCCAUCUUAGGCGGGAUUAUUGGCCUGGUGCUGUCGGGAUUCACUAUCUGGCACAUCAGUCUGGCCGUGCGUAAUCUAACCACCAUCGAAUGCUUGGAGAAGACGCGCUAUGUGUCCCCGUUGCGAAAAGCGCUGGAUCGCCGGUUCCAACAUGGCUCGCGAGGUGAUGGCAGCGACGACCCUCACAGCCUCGGCCACCGUCUGCAGGAUUACGGCAACCAAAUAUUAGACGCUCACGCCAACGCCAUUCCCGGCGUGACCCGACCCGAAGAAGGCGAGGAGCAAGUGACUCCACUGCAGACACCACCCCGACAGCCGGGCAUGACCCCGGCCCAGCAGGCGCUGUCGCGAUCGUAUGCGGAAAUGGAACGGGAACGUGAGAAUGAUCGGUACCAGCAGUAUCUGCACGAGCAGGACAAUGAGAAACUGCCGAACGCAUUUGACCUGGGCUGGCGUCGCAACUUGACGCAUCUGUUCGGUCCCCGGCCUCUUUUCUGGGGCCUUCCCGUCUCGACGACCACGGGCGACGGAUGGCACUGGGAGCCGAGCCCCAAGUUCAUGCAAGCGCGCGACCAUAUCAGGGAGCGCAGGGAGGAGGAAGACGCGGCCCAACGGGAGUACCAGCGGGACCUUUACCAGCGCAAUAUGCAUAACAGUCAGGCAUGGGGCAUCCCCACGCAUACCUCCCAACCGCCGAACGCUUACUAUCAGGAGUCGAACCGGCCGGAUACCGGGGUCUCGAUGAAGACGUUAGCACCGAUGUCCCCGCGGCCCCGGCCGGGGGAUAGCGACUAUGAGGACGUGGAAGAGGCCGAGUUUCUUUCGAAGUCGAACGGUGCGGGCAGUCCAUAUCGCAAUGGCGACCGCAGCCGUAGUGCUAAAGGCCAGUCGCAGUCUGAUGAGUGGCGAGACUGGGAUUGA